AUGUCAGGGGAAAAAGUAAAUUUAACGGAACUCGAACCACAACAGAUUUUGCAAUUCAAGGCACAGAUAAACAAGGAGCUUGAAAAUCUUCACAACUCCUUUAGUGCGCUAAAGGUGGCCCAGAUGAAAUAUAAGGAAUGCCACUCUGAUGUGAAAAAGGUGAAUGCCAAUCCAAAGCAGGACAUAAUGGUUCCUCUUACGGCUUCGUUAUAUGUGCCCGGAAAGAUCAAGGAUAGUGACAAUUUCCUUAUAGAUGUUGGCACUGGAUACUAUGUGGAAAAGAGUUGUGGCGAGGCGCUUGAAUUUUUUCAAGGCAGGCUAGACAAAUUGAAAGAAGACUCAUCCAAGUUGACAUCUUUGAUCAAGGAGAAAGUUCAGGUGGUGCAAAGAGUGGAUCAAGUUUUGAGACAGAAAUUGGCUGAACAGCAGAAAGUGCUUGAAAAGCAAGGCAAAAGUAAAAAAUAA